GCGGUUUGAACGAGACGAAGACGGAACCGGAGCCGGGCACGAGCAGUGGACGCGGUUCUCCCGAGAGCCGAAGAUGGCAGUGAACGUAUAUUCAACGUCAGUCACCAGCGAUAACCUAAGUCGACAUGACAUGCUGGCGUGGAUCAAUGAGUCUCUGCAGUUGAAUUUGACAAAGGUCGAACAGUUGUGCUCAGGGGCUGCCUAUUGUCAGUUUAUGGACAUGCUGUUCCCUGGCUCCAUUGCCUUGAAGAAAGUGAAAUUCCAAGCUAAGCUAGAACACGAAUACAUCCAGAACUUCAAAAUACUACAAGCAGGUUUUAAGAGGAUGGGUGUUGACAAAAUAAUUCCUGUGGACAAAUUAGUAAAAGGAAAGUUUCAGGACAAUUUUGAAUUCGUUCAGUGGUUCAAGAAGUUUUUUGAUGCAAACUAUGAUGGAAAAGACUAUGACCCUGUAGCUGCCAGACAAGGUCAAGAAACUGCAGUGGCUCCCUCCCUUGUUGCUCCAGCUCUGAACAAACCGAAGAAACCUCUCAGCUCUAGCAGUGCAGCUCCACAGAGGCCCAUUGCAACACACAGAACCCCUAAGGCUGGCGCAGGUGUGGUGCGGAGGAAUCCUGGUGUGGGCAACGGGGAGGACGAAGCAGCUGAACUGCUGCAGCAGGUCAGCGUAUUGAAACUCACUGUCGAAGACUUGGAGAAAGAGAGAGAUUUCUACUUUGGAAAGCUAAGAAACAUUGAAUUGAUUUGCCAGGAGAACGAGGGGGAAAACAACCCUGUACUGCAGAGGAUUGUGGACAUUCUCUAUGCCACAGAUGAAGGCUUUGUGAUACCUGACGAAGGGGGCCCCCAGGAGGAACAAGAAGAGUAUUAACAGCCUGGACCAUCAGAGCAACAUUGAAUUCUUCACUCCAAAUCAUGUGCUUAACUGUAAAAUACUCCCUUUUAUUAUUCUUAGAGGACUCACUGGUUUCUUUUCAUAAGCAAAAAGUACCUCUUCUUAAAGUGCACUUUGCAGAAGUUUCACUCCUUUUCCAAUAAGUUUGAGUUAGGAGCUUUUACCUUGUAGCAGAGCAGUAUUAACAUCUAGUUGGUUCACCUAGGGAACAAAGAGGCUGACCAUGGGGCUCCCCGAAUGGAUGGUGGUAAUGCUGAUGACUGGAGAAGGUGUUUUUAUGCGAUGUGCUGAGGUGGAGACCUCAGUAGAGAAAUGUAAAGACUGAUUUGAAUUUUAAGCUAAUGUGAAAUCUUGGCAGAGAACGUUUUAAUAAAUAAAUGCCUUAAGAGUAUUUAAAAUAUGCCUCCAUAUUUCAAAAUGUAAAAUGUAACCUGACAGGAGAUUUUAUGUGUUUGACCUUGCGUGUGGGAAGGAGGGGCCACACCUUGGAACCUGCUGUUCACAGGCCUUACAGGGCUGCUUGAAUCUUCGUAGGCGUAACCUUGGCCCAGAAGGAAAGUUUAAAAUGUUGCUCUGUAGAGCCAUUUGGUGUCCUUGGCCAAUAGCAUCUCUGCUAAGAAGCAAGAGGUAUUGUGGCCUGAAUGAAUAGAGGGUGUGUUUCAGCCUGAAGUUGAAUAACUUGAUUUUCAUUGAACAUAUUUCUCUGACGAUUUUUCCAAUUACCCCUAAAAUUUCUAUGUAUCGUGUUUUUUUGGGAAAUAAGGUGUGUUCAGUUUUUAAAUCCAACAACUACUUUUGGGGGGCUUGCCCACAUCUCUGGGAUUUGAAUGGGGGUUGUGUCCCAUUUUACUGUCUUUUAAGUUUACAUUUAACAUGUUUCUCUUCUCUGCGCCCCUUGCCCACUGGGGACUCGUCUUUGGCUCCUUCAAGUUUGCUGCUUAGAGUGGAAGUUCAGCAGGCAGGUGAUCAUGCUGUAAGUUCUUUCUGGACGUCUGGCAAAGGGAGUGAUCAGGGCAGGCCAUCGCUACCUUGGGAUCUG